UUUCUCUAUUUUUUCGAGUCUUUUGUUUUAUUUUUUUUCGUUUUGUUUUGUUUUGUUUUGUUAUUUUAUUUUUUAUCUGGUAUUUCUGAGAUGUAUAUUUUUUUCUUGCUUGUGCAGUUUGAAAACACAAAGGAGAGGGGGAGAGAUAUUUUUAUUAUUCAUAUCCUCGUGAUACACCAAUUUUUAUUUUAUUUAUUUUAUUUGAUGCGACAUGCGAGGCGCACACAAAGAAAAAAACUUAAAAAGGCUCUGGAGAGAGGAGCCGGCUUUGCUUUUUCUUUUAUUUUCAUUUCGUCAUCCCUAUCCCUAUCCUCUUUUUUUUCUUUCUCAGUUCUUCAAAUUAUUAUUAUUUCUUCGUAUACUUUGAAUAUACACUUUUUAAAUUACUAUAAAACACGAAUUCGUUUUAAAUGAGCGGUUUUUGGGACAAGACAGUAUCUCGCAUUGGAGGCAGCAACAGUUUCGCCGCCGGGGGAAUCGACCCGGAGUACAAUGAGCAAGAGCAAAGAUUCCGCAACCUCGAAAAGCGCGGCAUGCGGCUUCUCCAAGAAACCAAAGACUACCGGGGAACAAUCCGCAACAUGACCAGCGCCCAACAAGCGCUCUCUCAGAAUCUCUCCGCAUUUCUCCUCGAUAUUCAACGGCCACAGGACUACCAGGCAGCAUACCGCCAGGCAACGCAAACCAUUGACCAGGUGUCGCAGCCACAAUUCGACGAAGUAUUCUUACACACUGUCUUGCAACCAAUGGCGCAGUACUGCGGGUACUUGCCUGAAUUCAAUAAGGCAAUAAAGAAGCGCACGGUGUUGGCGGGCGAACUGGAUAAGGCGAGGAGGGCGUUGGCGAAGGAACAGACUAAGGCAGAUUCGGGCGGCAUUGAGAGAGCUGAAAUGGACGUGCAGUAUGCUGAGGAGGCCUUUGCUGUUAUGAACCGUACGCUGGUUGGCGAAAUACCAAAGCUGAUUAAUGCUCGUGUUUAUGUCGUUGAUCCGUCGUUUGAGGCGUUUGUGAAGGCUCAGUUGCAAUUCUUUAAUGACUCGCUGAGACAGAUGGAUGGCGUCACAAGGUAUUUGCCCCCGUCCGGUGGACCCCAGGAUGACCGCGUCUUGGAUGAGCGCAUUGAGAACGUCAUGAGCCAGGUGCGCUCACUGACUAUCUGCAGCCUCAACCUGUGAAACAAUAGGUAGAAAUUGCUCGUACAUUUACAUUUACAUUUUAUUCUAUUCUAUUCUAUUUUAAAAUAAAACCCCCUCUAAGCUGCAA